AUGGUGCGCGUGCCUGGAUCUUCUGGUGGCAUGGGAUAUCACUGUGAGUCCCAAAAAGAUGAGGUCAGAAGACGGCAGAGCGCUGGGAUGAGCUCUGCCGACAGAAACGAAAAGGAAGAUCUUCUUGAAGAGAAACCUGAACCCCCUCCCUAUGCCUUCUCAGAAGGCACCGCGGAUCACGAUGUGAAUCGUGAUCCGCCCGGUGAGGAACCUAAGGUGAAAACCGAAGGAACCCCACCAACCACCGCUCCGCUAACGCAGAAGUCCUUGCGGAAGAAGAAGCCGAAGGCGUCGCGGAAGAAGCUCAAGGCCCCAGCAGAUUCGAACUCUGACAGCCGCGAUGAGAUCGUAGUGACUUGGUCUGACGAUCAGCUGGAAGAGGCCUUUAACCGGAAUGAGCUCCAAGUAUUUCUGGUCAAGAACCCGGUGAUGAAGAUCCUACAGCUGCGGACGCCUGGGUCGUUGAAGGGACCGGUGACGCCGCCACCAGCGACGGCGAACAAGCUAGACGCUGUGAAGGCUGUGUUGCGCCUGCUGAAGGGUGUCGGCAUCACGCCGGGCUCCUUUGCAGGGAAGGAUCUGUUCCAUAUGGACCUUGAAGCGAUCCAGAUCACGCUGUCGGAGCUUUCCAGCGCUGCCCACUUCGGUUCACACCGCCACGACGACCUGCACUGCUGGAAGAGGCUAACGUGUCAGCGCUGCGGCAAGAGAGGCCAUCCAUCCGACCGCUGCCUCUUUGUCUGUCGUGGCUGUGGCGAGAUCCACGACGCCGGCAAAUCUCACGUGAAGGAGUUCUACAACUUGAUCCGUCAAUGGUACGAUCCGGCCAAGCAUGAAGGCGUCUUGCCAGAAAGCGCUGAAAAAAUGUUAAACUAG